ACCUGUGAGAUACACGCUGCAAGGCCGCGCAAUGUGGAGCUUCUUCACUCACAAAUAAUCAUUUCUCUUCAUUGAAUGUACCCUUUCUUCAAAUAAAUAAAAGAGAAAUUAAAAACACACCACACUUAGAAGAACAGAGAGAUAAGAGAGAAAAAGAAGAAGAUCUAAUCCAUGGGUGGUUCCACAAGCAAGCAAAAGAGAAACACUACUAGGAGAAGUAUCAAGGGGAGAUCAAAUGAAGAGAGGAGAAGGCGGACAAGAAGGGAGCUGGAUGAGAAAGAGAGAGUCAUUUCGGCUCUGAAGAUGGCUGAGACAGAGUGGAGGAAAGAUAGGAAGAAUCUGAGAGAAGAGGUGAAGAAGCUGAGGCAAAAGAUGCAAGAGAAAGAAGAAGCAAAGGCGAAACAACGCGAGUGGGAAUGGGUCGUGGAACAGAUGCGCUUAGAGAGAGCUGUGAGGGAAGAAGCUGUGGAGAGGUGGAAACAACUCUAUUUCGCUAUUAAGACUGAGCUUGAUGAUCUGAUCCACACAACAUAUGGAGAGACACUGCGACAGAAACCGCAUGAAGGAGAAGUAAAGAACACAGUGCAAGAACUCAAGAAGGAAGUUAAAGUUAGGGAAGAAACCAUUGAGACACUCAAAGGGAGAAUAGCUUUGAUGGAGAAACAAAGACUUGGGAAGGAAAGAGAAAUCGAUUUGCUGAGACAGAGUCUACGAAUCCUCGGCAGUAGCAGCGGGAAGAACAAGGCACCUUCAUCUGCUCCCAAAAAUCUGCCGACAUUCAAAACAAAAUUCAUCGCAUGUAAAUAAACAGCUCCUUUAGUCAUAUAUUAAAUCACUUCCCCACAGGGAUUGCUGAAUAAGUAGUAGACUCAGUAAGGUUCGAGACACUGUAAGCCAUUUAUUCCUGUAUAUACUUCACAAGUAAUAUAAUAUCAAGCAUCAAGAAAACACGGGGGUUAAAAAACACG